AUGGUUGAUCUAUUGUGUAAGGAUGGUUUGAUCAAAGAUGCAUUGGAAUUGAUACAGUUCAUGCGAAUUGUGCCAAACUCUGUUAUUUGGGGUGCUUUAUUAAGUGGGUGUAAGCUUUACAUGAACUUGGAGAUUGCUCAAGUUGCUGUCAAUAAGUUGAUGGUUUUGGAGCCAAACAAUAAUGGGUGUUACACCCUUCUGGUUAACAUAGUAGUCAUGCCUCCUAGGAAGUAUAUUUCUGGAUGUGAAAAAAGGAAAAAGAAACAAAAAUUAGAAAAUUUUAUUCAAUCUCAAUCGGGAGCGCUUGAUAAAAUUUUUGGUAGCAAGAAACAAAUAGAAAGUUCAUGUUUGGUUAAUGAAGAUUUGGUAAUUAAAGAACUUAAUCAAUGUAAUGAGAAUGAUAAUGAAGAUUUGAGUGUUGAAGAGCCUAUUGAAUGUUUGAAUGAGAAUGACAAUGAAGAUUUGGUGAAUGAGAAAGCCACUAAAAGUGAAGAUUUUAAUGUUGAAUAUGGACCUUUAAAUAUUAAUGACCCAAGUAAUUGGGACAAGAUUGAUCAGAAUUUCAGAGAUUUAUUAGUUGAAAGAGGUCCUAUAAGAAGUAAUGCUGUCAAUUUUCGUAGAGAUGACAAGGAUAGACAUUUCUCCUCUACAUAUUACAUUCGAAAUUUAUCAAAUGAAGAGAAACAAGAUAGGAAAUGGCUAGUAUAUUUAGAUGCUACAAACAAAGUAUUUUGCUUUUGUUAUAAAUUAUUUAAGGAAGAUGGGAACAAGACUCAGUUGGCUACUAAUAGAUUUAAAGAUUGGAAGAAUCUAGGUUACAGGCUUAGAAGGCAUGAAACUAGCAAUGAGCACAUGACUUGUAUGAGCAAAUGGAUUGAAUUGGAAAAAAGAUUGCAAAAGAAUGAAACAAUUGAUGCAGGUGUUCAGGAACAAAUCAAUAGGGAGAGAGAACAUUGGAAAAAGGUGUUACCAAGGAUAAUUGCUAUUGUGAGAACUCUUGCUAAAAAUAAUUUAGCGUUUCGUGGAGACAAUGAGAAGAUUUAUCAAGAAAGAAAUGGAAACUUUUUGAGUUUAAUUGAAAUGAUUGCUCAAUUUGAUUCGGUAAUGCAAGACCACCUUCAUCGCAUUGAAAGGAAUGAAAUUCAUUUCCAUUAUCUUGGUCACAAAAUCCAAAAUGAAUUGAUACAGAUGUUAGCGGGUGAGAUCAAAAGUACAAUUGUGAAAAGAAUCAAAGAAGCCAAAUAUUUUUCAGUUAUUCUUGAUUGUACUCCAGAUGUUAGUCAUGAAGAACAAAUGUCUCUUGUAAUAAGAUGUGUGGAUGUUUUAACUAAUCAAGUAAAGGUGGAAGAGUUCUUUUUAGAAUUUUUAAAAGUGGAUGACACAUCGGGAUUGGGUCUUUUUAAUGUACUUAAUGAGGUAUUGUGCACACUCCAACUUGAUAUUGGUGAUAUAAGAGGGCAAGGAUAUGAUAAUGUUUUAAAAGAUCAUGUGGAAGGUCUCACAUUGAAGCCAUUGUCAUACAAAAGGUGGGAAAGUCGCGUUGAAAGUGUUAAAGCAAUAAGAUAUCAAGCUCCACAAAAAAGAGAUGCUUUAAAUCAUUUGGCAAAUCUUGGUGAACCCCACAACACAAAGAAAGUUGCUACUCUAAUGGAAAUUGAUCCAGUAUUUCGUGAAAAGCGUGUCAUUCGCAGAAAGAAGCAAUUUGAUGAGAAUGUCAGUGAAGAGGUGACACAGAUUGCUGAAGAAUCCUGUAGAGUUAAUUACUUUAUGUAUAUAAUUGCUCAAGCUCUUUCUUCACUUAAGAGUAGGUUUGAACAAUUUCAAGUAUAUGAGGAAAAUUUUGGACUUUUGUUUGAUUUGAAAAAGUUGAGUUCUACCAAAAAGGAAUGUUUGAACACUUAUUGUGUUAAUCUUGAAGAUUUUCUGAAACAUGAUGAACUUUCUGAUAUUGAUAGGAGAGAUCUGUUUUCAGAGUUGAAUGUCUUGAAAGAAGUUUUACCAGAAGAAAUCAAAAGGCCAAUUGAAGUAUUAAAUUAUUUGAAAACAAUGGAUGGUUGUUUCCCAAAUGCAUGGAUUAUGUAUAGAAUUUUGUUAACUAUACCUGUUAAAGUGGCCUCUGGAGAAAGAAAUUUUUCAAAGUUGAAGUUGAUCAAAUCUUACUUUCGAUCAACUAUGUCACAAGAAAGAUUGAAUGUGUUAGCAUUGCUAUCCAUUGAAAAGGAUAUGAUGGAUAAAUUUGAUUAUGCAAGCAUCAUUAGUGAUUUUGCAACUAAAAAUGUGAGAAGAGUAAUGUUCAUGUGAUAGUUGGUUCAAUUGUAAACUGGAUAUUGCUAAACUAUAAAGCAACAAAACCAGAUUUUUAGUUUUUUGAGUAUUUGUAAUGAUUGCUUCCUAUCUUAAUAUAUGAAAGUAAAUUUUUGUUUAUAAUUUUAAUGAUUA